AUGCAGGCGCAGGAAUACAAUCGCAGAGCUAAGGAGCUGGUGGACUACAUCACACAGUACCUGGGCUCCGUCAGAGACAGGAGGGUGAUUCCAGAUGUGAAGCCGGGUUACAUGCAGCAGCUGCUGCCUGACACGGCGCCUUCAGAGCCCGAGGACUGGGAGAGCAUCUUCAACGACAUCGAGAAAGUCAUCAUGCCGGGAGUGGUUCACUGGCAGAGCCCUCACAUGCACGCCUACUACCCCUGCCUGACGUCGUGGCCCUCUAUGCUCGGGGACAUGCUCGCAGAUGCCAUCAACUGUCUGGGAUUCACCUGGGCCUCCAGCCCGGCAUGCACCGAGCUGGAGAUGAAUGUGUUGGACUGGUUGUGUAAAGCUCUGGGGCUCCCCUCCUUCUUCCUGCAUCGGGAUCCUGAGAGCAGAGGUGGAGGCAUCCUGCAGAGCACGGUCAGCGAGAGCACGCUGGUCGCUCUGCUGGCAGCCAGGAAGGACAAACUCUUACAGCUGCGAGCCGAGCAGGACCAGGACCUGGACGACUCGGUCCUGAACGCACGACUGGUGGCCUACGCUUCAGAUCAGGCUCAUUCGUCAGUGGAGAAGGCCGGUCUGAUCUCCCUGGUGAAGAUCAGGUUACUGCCCAGCGACGAGCAGCUCACUCUGAGAGGAGACACUUUAAAACGAGCCAUAGAAGAAGACAGGAGCAGAGGACUGGUCCCCUUCAUGCUCUGUGCAACGUUGGGAACCACAGGAGUGUGUGCCUUUGACCAGCUCUCUGAACUGGGACCAGUGUGUUCUGAGGAGGGACUGUGGCUCCACGUGGACGCUGCCUAUGCUGGCUCAGCGUACCUCUGUCCUGAGCUCCGCUGGUCACUAGAGGGCGUCGAAUUCGCUCACUCGUUUGUCUUCAACCCUUCCAAGUGGAUGAUGGUUCAUUUUGACUGCACAGCCUUCUGGGUGAAAGAUAAAUUUAAACUCCAGCAGACGUUCACUGUCGAUCCCGUUUAUCUCAGACACGAAGACUCUCAGGGAGCCACUGACUUCAUGAACUGGCAGAUUCCUCUCAGCCGACGUUUCCGUUCUAUCAAACUCUGGUUCGUCCUGCGCAGCUUCGGACUGAAGAAGCUUCAGGCUCAUAUCAGACAUGGCAUCGAGAUGGCAAAGCUCUUAGAGUCUCGUGUACGGAGUGACCCACUGUUUGAGAUUCCUGCUGAGAGACACCUCGGCCUCGUGGUCUUCUGUCUGAAAGGAGGAAACUCUUUGACCCAGGAGCUGCUGACGAGACUGACCAGGUCCGGCUCCGUGUACCUCGUCCCCGCAGACGUGCGCACCAAACGCGUCAUCCGCUUCACAGUGACCUCACAGUUCACCACUGCAGAGGACAUCCUUAAGGACUGGGGCCUCAUCGCCAACAUGGCUGCCACUCUUCUGGCCGAGGGUCCGAAUGACUCGACGAACCAAACUCUGGGGGAAGACGAGCUGAUGGGGGCGAAAGAAGACAAAGACCCAGAUUUUGCAGAGAGACGAUGCUGCGUCCAGGCUGGACAAAGCUCAGCUGGAGGCCUGGAAUCUAUGGAGGACAGCCGGCCUCUGACCUGGAUAUGACACGAGUCCGAGUGUUAAAGAUCGUCCCCGCAACGACACGAUCCAGUCGCGUGUCUGAGAUCGAAGAUGUGUUUAAAUCUUCAGGAUGAACCAGCAGAGAAAAGUAUAUUAACCAGAGACUGAAGCUGCAGAGAAACUUUCACCUCUUCGCUGCAGAGUUCAGAAGAAGAAGUUUCUGUUGUCGCCAUGGC